AUGCCUCCGGAUGAACAAGGACUUAGUUUACCUUCUCCUGAUCGACUUAGCAAGCUUAACAUUCAUUUAACCGAUGACAUUCUAAGUAGGUUGUCUUUUCGAGAUGUUGUAAGAGUUAGUACACUUUCGAAGGACUGGCAAUAUAUUUGCUGGAGAAUUCCACAUGUGAAGUUUGAUCAAACAGUGUGGAAAACACCCGAGGACUUGACGUCCCCUACCAUUGGAUUUAUUCCAAUUAUUGAUAGUUUCCUCAGGUUGCCGAACUUCUUUUUUAAUUGUUCAGCAUUGAGGCAUUUGUAUCUCAAGGAAUGUGAAAUACAACUUCCAUUUUUCUUUAAGGGAUUUAAUAAGUUGAGUAGGCUAAUAUUGAAAUCUGUCACAUUAUCUUCUGAUACGUUUGAAUGUUUGAUCUCUAAUUGUCCGUUGCUUGAGGAUUUGGUGCUAAAAGACAUAGACAAUCCGUACUUCAUGAGUAUUAAUGCUCCGAAGCUAAGCUGGGAUCUUUUUGAGAAAUGUAUCCUUAGUGAUGGAGAUUAUUUCGAAUGUGUGCCCCAGGAGGUUGUUGAUGAGAUUCCUGCAAGCUUUUCGGAUAUCACAUUUAAUCAUCUGAGAACAGUUAAGUUUUAUGAUGUACUAUUAGAAGAGGUUGAAAUGCAGCUUAUCAAGGUUUUAUUGGCAAAGUCUCCAGCACUGGUGAAAAUGGUAAUCAAGCAUCGUCAAAUGGAAACUAACAAAUCUCUCAACGUACUCGCGGAGAAAACAAUGUUUCAACGGGCAUCAUCUAAAGCAGAAGUUGUGUAUCUUGUUGAUUAG